GUCUUAUUAGGAGAGGUUGAAUAAAGUUUGUCUAUUCAAAACAAAGCGUGCUGUAUAUUUGUGGGCGGGGAGGAGGCGGGGUUUGGCGUCGCGGCCCGGUGGCUUAUAACUCGUUACGGAGUUGGUCUCCUCCUCUUUUCUUCAGGAUACCCAACUUGUUUCUAGUGGCGGAGGGAGAAGUUGAAAGGAGCUCAGUGGCGAUGGACACGCUUCCACCUCAAAUGUCUGCCAAAGACGAACGAUCUUUUGCAAAUUUUACGAUGAAAAACAGAGCUCCACAGAUCCUAACGAAAGUUAUCAAUGCAUUGCAGAAUCAUAAAAAUGGGUUCUUUGAGAAGCUUGGAGAGGUAGGCACUGAAGCAGAAAAGAAGUUUAUCUCUCUUCUUUCUAAGUUACUAAAGGAACUACAAACUGAUGAGCCAUUACUACCUUUGAUGGAUAACUGGGUUGAUACUGAUAUAUGGAACCAAUACCUGGAAUAUCACCGUAGUCUUUUAAAUGAAAAUUAUAAAAAAAUAAGCUGGCUUCAAUCUCCUUGGUUGUAUGUAGAGUGUUACAUGUACCGUAGAGUUCAUGAAGCAUUAAUGCUAAGUUCACCAACCAGUGACUUUGAUGUGUUUAAAGAACCGAAAGAACAGAAUUUCUUGGAGUCACAGGAAGCUAUUAUGAGUUUAUGUGGUUACCUACAGGGGUUAAAUAGGAUUGAAAACCUAGAUGAAAAUCAACUGAAGGAUGAGUUUCUUAAACUCUUGCAGGUUUCGUUAUGGGGAAAUAAGUGUGAUCUGUCACUUUCAGGUGGUCAGAGCAGCUCUCAGACAUGCAGUCCACUGACCACUUUGGAAGACCUGAAACGUUUCAUUUUAGUGAAUAAUACGGAUGAUCUUUGGUCACUCCUUAUAAACAGAAAGAAAAUGAGGCAGAAAUUUCCUUCUACUAGAGUGGAUAUUGUCCUGGAUAAUGCAGGGUUUGAACUUGUUGCAGAUUUGGUAAUGGCAGACUUCCUGCUAGCAUCUAAGCUGGCUACUGAGAUCCACUUCCAUGGAAAAAGUAUUCCCUGGUAUGUUUCAGAUACUAAUAAAAAGGACAUAAAUUGGGUGAUUGAAGAAUUAAAAUCUUCUAAUACUAAGUGCAUGUUUGAGUGUGGGAUUAACUGGGAGCACUAUUUUAAAAAGCAUACAUGGGUUUACCAAGAUCAUAUGUUUUGGACUCUGCCUUAUGAAUAUUGUGCUAUGCCUCAGGUUGCUCCAGACUUGUAUGCUGAACUACAGAAGUCACAUUUAAUUCUUUUCAAAGGUGAUUUGAACUAUAGGAAAUUAGUAGCAGACAGAAAAUGGGAGUUUACAGUUCCAUUUCACCAGGCUUUGAAUGGCUUCCAUCCUGCACCUCUUUGCAGCAUAAGAACAGUAAAAGCUGAAGUUCAAGUUGGUCUGGCACCUGGGCAAGGGGAACAGAUUGCAGUUACUGAUCCUCAGUGGAUGACCAUUGGAAAAUAUGGCAUAUUUCAAUUUGAUGGGGCACUUUGAUAUGGCUUAGGAGAUAAACCUUUAAAGAGAAACUCUAACAUAGCACAUUUCCUUCCUAGAAAAGAAAUUUUAAAAUUUUACUAGGUUCUUUAGGUUCAGCAGCUUUGGGAGUCUUAAAGACAUUUCAUUUCUUAUCAUUCAUUGGAGUUUUGUGUCUUAUUCAAUAUUUCAAGUGGCUCAAAGAAGCUACUGAGAGAAAUGUAAAAAAUGUAUUUUGCUUUUAUAGCUAAAUACACUUAUAUUUCCAUUUAAUUUUUGCCAUUUGAAAGUAUAGUAUGUUUAAUGGUGUUUAAUAUUUUGGGAAAUACUAAAAUUAUUUUUACUUAUUUUGUACUUCUGUACAAGACAUGUCUGUCUUGUGGUGGCAUAAUUUUUAAUUUAUCUACCCUUAGGAUGAAUUUCUUAAAACCGUGAUGUUCAAACCAUGGGGAAGUAGAAAAUUAACUUGAUAGUGUUAAUAAUUCAGAGGAAUCGCCUUUGGUACUUGAAUUUCUUAAUAUAGUAGCCUGCAUUCAUAUGCAUUCGGAGUUGUUAUGUAUGCAUUUAAUUUUUUGAAUGAAGUUUGUUGAACUACAAAAUUAAAUAGACUGGAAAGGUGUGUGUUAUUGAAGAAUGUGACAUCUUUUUCAUGUUUAUGAAUUAUAUCCAUGGAACUAAAAGAUUUUAAUUAAAUUGUCUUUAGAAAUGGACAAAUUGCUUUUCUGAAAUUUAUUUCUGUCUGCUAAUUGGUUAUAAUUUACUUUGCCCCUGAUUGAAAUAGCAUGUGUUCUUAUGUUUUGAAUUUGGAAGGAUGUCUUAGUUACUGUUUUAGAAAGUAUAAUCACUUUGCCACCUUGGUUUGAAAAAAAUAUAACUGAAUUUGUUUGCUGGGUUUGCUAAUAAGAUAAAUUUCAUUAAAAUUUCAUUUGGUUUUGUUUUCUAUCACAGAGAGUUAAACAUAGACAAUUAAAAGACCAGGUCCACACAGGGAACUAAGUGCAUCAGAAACACAAAAGCAGCCUUAUACAAUGCAAUUUCCAUGAGAUUGGUUUAAUUUCCUUUCUUCCUACUUAGCUGAAAAAAAUUCUGUAUCGAUAUUAUAUAUGUAAAAUAACAGCUAAUUUUCUUGUGUAUUUUCAUUUCUGCAUGGUUCUUUUCAAAGAUAAGUUAUUGUACAAUAUAUUACACUUUGUUAGAAUAAACACAACAGCAGCUAUUAACAGUUCAGUUAAAUGAAGUACAAUACUUAGAAAGAACUUAAAUUAUGAAGUUUUUUUUUUCCAAGUUUUCUGAGUUUGGCAAUUUCUAAACAAUGUAAAUUGGUAUAAUAAAAUUUGCAUUUGG